CGAGGGCUGGAAUUUGUAACAGCGGUGUACGGAACCGAACAGCCGGGUGAGACACCGUGUCUCCGGUCGUCGUUAGCACCCCACUACACGGUAGCGUCGUGAUGCGAUGUGAGAGACGCGGAGAGGCUCCGACGGCGCCAUUAAAUCAGUUCAACCGACAGUGGACCUGCCAGCCGCAAAGACUUGCCUGACUCCAGAUUAAAAGGCAACCCUGCGAUGUUUUUGCAUUUCCCGGUGUCGUGAUAGCCACAGACUUCAACCCACAGUAAUUGCACAUCACUGAGCUGCCAUAGAGACCGAGGGAUAUAUUGGCUUUAAACUCCAGUUCACCAAACAGGCAACAUGUCUUCCCGAGAGCGACGGUCAGAUGUCUACAUAAAGGCAGAACCGAGCAGUCCAGAGGGAGGUGGCGGAGGUCGGACGAGCCCAGGCGGGGCCUCCUCAGACUCUUCUCAAAGCGGAGGUGGGGGAACCAGAGGAGAUGGCGCUAAACGAUACUCCCCGCCGCUGUACACGCCAGCUCUGCGUUGCCACUUCAAAGAUGAGGGUGGUGACGGGGCAGAGGAGGGCUCCACUGGAAAUGGAGCAGGACGAUGCAAGUACGCCCUCAGCACGCUGCCCAAGAGGCUGUGUCUAGUAUGUGGGGAUGUGGCAUCGGGGUACCACUACGGCGUAGCGUCAUGCGAGGCCUGCAAAGCGUUCUUUAAGAGAACCAUUCAAGGAAACAUCGAGUACAGUUGUCCAGCAUCAAAUGAGUGCGAGAUCACCAAAAGGCGCAGAAAGGCUUGCCAGGCAUGCCGCUUUACCAAGUGCCUCAAAGUAGGCAUGCUGAAAGAGGGAGUUCGUCUCGAUAGGGUCAGAGGCGGCAGGCAGAAGUACAAAAGGCGCCCAGAAGUGGAGAAUGCAACAUACCAGAGUGCCCCUCUACCUCUGACCAAGGAGAGUGAAAAAGGUUCCUCCAACAUCAUUGUGUCCCACCUUCUAGUAGCAGAGCCAGAAAAGUUAUUUGCCAUGCCCGACCCUCUGCAGCCUGACACAGCCCAGCGUACGCUCACCACCCUUUGUGACCUUGCUGACCGUGAGCUAGUUGUGAUCAUCGGCUGGGCCAAACACAUUCCUGGUUUCCUGUCGCUGUCUCUAGCAGACCAGAUGUCUGUGCUGCAGUCAGUGUGGCUGGAGGUGCUAGUACUGGGUGUAGCGUAUCGCUCGCUCGGCUGUGAGGACGAGGUGGUGUUUGCAGAGGAUUUUGUCCUUGAUGAGGAGAUGUCACGUGUUGCCGGACUGACGGAGCUUAAUGCAGCAAUUAGCCAACUCGCCCGCCGUUUCCGGGCACUAAACGUUGACCGGGAGGAAUUUGUCAUGCUAAAAGCCAUCGCACUCACUAACUCAGACUCUGUUUACAUCGAGGACAUGGAGGCCGUGCAGAAGCUGCGGGACCUCCUCCACCAGGCACUGCUGGAGCUGGAAUGUCAGCGGCGCCCAGACGACCCCCAGCGGGCAGGACGUCUCCUUUUAACAUUGCCUCUCCUCCGACAGACUGCUGGCCGUGCUCUUACCACCUUCUACAGCAUCAAGACUCGUGGCGGUGUACCCAUGCACAAACUAUUCCUGGAGAUGCUUGAAGCCAUGAUGGACUCUCCUUAGAGAGCAGAGCAGCAGAAUUCAAGAGGAUACAGAGAAAGACCCAACAGAGAUCUAGUCUUCAAGAGCGGAUGAGUGGUUUAUGAAAAAGGAAAGCUUUUAUUAUAAAAUGAAAAAUGAGGAAAGGAUCGUUCUCCCCUUUCGGGUACAGGAGGAAAAGAAAAUAUAUUGAGAAAGAAAAUCCUUAUUUCUUUUUGUUUCUAAAUGGGAACUGGCUAUGUACAGUAGGAUGUAACUGCCAAACUUCAGAGAGAGGCUCCAAGGUCCACGAGUGAAAACAUUUUCACAUAAAUGCCAGAAUACGUCGCUGUUUUAACUAUUUCAUGGCAUGUUUCAUCCUAGCAUUGAUCUGCAGUUACUCCACCACUGAAGAACAACAUUUAAGAACUCACAAACAGACUGCAGCUUUUGAACAUUUUACAGUACUACAUUUGCUCAUGAAAAGCCAUAAAAACAUAUCUGGUGAGAGGCUGAAGGGUUCGGUACGGGGUCAGAUUGAAACGCACAUGAAGUGCUUGUAUUUACUAUAGCUUAGUGUGCCGUUGUAGGCAAAUCAUAGGAAUUACUUGCAAUAUGUUAAAAGCAAUAUAAUGACUUGGUUAUUGUCACGUUCAAAUAGAGGAUAAAAAUGGCAAGACGUCUGUUUGUGUAUAUGAACCGUUCUUCACUCUUAGGACCCCAAGUGCUGAUCAUUUUUGAAAAAUCUAGCUUCUAGUAGAAACCGCUCUUGGUCAGGCUCGCUAGAGGAGUAGAUUGUUGCUCUCUUAAGAGAGUGAAGCAGCAGCACUUUUGGGGUAGAAACGGAGUCCAGAGCCUCUGGUUCAAGUGCAGAAUUCUUUAUAAAAGGUUGUGCAAUUGAUAGUCCAGAAAAGCUGCGUAUGUAGAUUGUGUGCCCAUAUAACGCUUCACUCGGAAGGGUAUACAGUAUAUACAGACUGGAUACAAACAGCAUGCAGCAGAAGUGAGUACAUCCUCUGCAAUGUCACUUAAAUGUCAAAUGAUUCAGAAUUAUAUCACCUUACAGUUACUUUACUUUAAGAACGGAGGAACAUCUCUCCAGAAAUGUGUGCCACACUGCUGUCCUCCACACCGAGGAGGCUGAGUCAUCCGAAAAGUGGAUGGACUGAGCAUUUGAGAAAAUAAAAGAUUUGGAUCUCAGUGAUGAAAGGUUGCACUGACUUUUGUUACUUUGAAUCCCUUACAGUUUUAUGUAGUUAUACACUUAUACAACUUUAGAGUUACUGUAAGACGAUGCACUGAUGAAUCCUUUGAUGUUAACGUGAUGUUGCACAGGGGUGUUGACGCUCUUCUUGUAUACUGUAAAGAAAGUGUGCGUUAAACCCAUUUGUACAUGAAAAAUGGCUUCCAUACAAACACGAAUGAGUUUCUGUGCUGUCAAAACCAAUGAGCUACGCCAAGAUCAGGAAAGAAUGUGACUCUUCGACAUUAAUGCUAGUGUGGCAACGAGAGUGACUAGAGAAGAACAUGCAUACGCCUCAUCUGCUUUUUUUUAUACUACCCUCCUCCACUAGAACCACAGUUUUUGACUUCAGGGACUGUGUGUUCAUAAUGACAGUCUGUCCUGUUUCAUUGGUGGGCUAUAAUGUGUAACACUAACCUAUAAAAUUGAUAAUCUUAUGGUGAGAUUUUGCUGCAUUUUCUGCAGCGGUGAAGAACGUUGCGUGGAAGAUUUCUGACGUUUCAGUGCAAGAUUUGAAGACUUGUAAGCGCCUGAAAUGGGCUCAGGGCAACAAGAAAUGACACAUAUGCAACAUCUUCCUUUUGGAUGUUGAAACUCGGUCUGGCAACAUCCUGAAAGUUGUACUCAUUUUGCAGGAGGUUUGUAUACUAACCGUAUAAGUGAUCCAUUAACGUAAGCUUACAUGCAAUGCAAAACUACAGUAUCUGAUACCAAAAUCAGAUCCCUAAAAAUAAUACUUAGUGGCCAAGGGGCCAUUAAUCUUUUAGCCAUGUACAGUUCCAUUUAAGAGAAACAUGCAAUUUAUAGUUGAUGAUAAUAAAGCCAGCAGCUGUGAUAUAAAUUCCCCAUUGCAAUGACAUUUGUGCAGCUUACAGUGUACUGAAAUUUGUAAAGACUUGAAACUUGCUUUUUCAUACAGUUUCCUUUCUAGGAUUUAAGGGUAUUUUAUUGACAUUGUGACACACUGUUUGUGGGUUUGGUAUUGAAAUGAAGCUUUCCAUUCAGGAUUUAUUGAAUGCUAGUUGUUUUAAUUUUUAAAAUGUAAACAGUUGCGUGUUUUCUGAGGCUGAUUUAUUAUUUUAGGGAUCAAUUUACAUGGUUCAAUAGAUCCGUUGAGGCUACAGAGGGCUACCUCAGGAGGCAGAGUAAGCCAGAUGGCCAAAUAAUUGUGGAGGCACAUGUAACACAACUUAAAAUUGGAUAUUGGUUAAAGUGGCUGUUUUGCAGUUGUCCAAGGUUGAUUCAGUUUUUAUAACUUUUAAAGGUUUAUUUGGCAAGUGUCUCAUACAGUUGUUACGGUCGAACUGAAAACUGCUAACACACAGGUGCUGUAUUAGCAACAGCUAGCACCGUUGAGCAGGCAAUAUCUGGCAAAAUGUGACUCUGAUUCACCUGUUUAGUCUUGUUUUCAGAAGUUACAGCUGUUCAUGUUCUUCUUUUGCUUUUAUUGCGCUAUCUGAUGUUUUCUAGCCAAAUUUGAAACAAUAAUCACAUUUCUGCAAACAAAUAGAGGGUCAAAUUAGAGCUGUUAAUGGUUUCUUUGUAUUAAUAUGGUCAUAUAUGCAAAGGUAGAUUUUUCAUUAGGUAAGGUAAGGUACGGUUGCUUAGGGUGGAGAGAGGGUCACUUGCGAUGUCACUGUUAAAAUUAUACAGUCAUUUUUAGGGACUAUUACAUACGUGCGCAUUAAUAUAAAUGAGCAAUACAAUAAAUUACCAAACCUCACACAUUUCCUUGUAUAGCCACAGUGUACAUUUAACAUUGCCAGUUAUAAUGAAGAAUAGCUACUAAACGUUCUAUUAUUUAGAAGUUCAAAUCAAUGUUUGUAUUUUGAAAGACUAUUUAAAUGAUUAAAUUCUAUUUUUUACUCAAUUUACUGUUGUUUGUUGACACUGCUUUAUUUUCUUUGUGUGUGAUAUUGGCUGUGAAUUUCUGUGUGUAGGUUUUCUUUUUGUUGUUGUUGUUGUUCAUUUAGAUAGAGCAGUUUGAUGUCCUUGUCUAAACAUGUCCACAUUAAAAUCACUGUGAAAAAAGUGAGAUCCUUCACUGCCUGACGCAAGAGGGGGUGGAUUAUUGUAGGUGCUUUGUGUUGUGUAAUAAAUGGACACACCAUCACCACA